GCAGCGGUGCGCGCAGGCGCAGUGGGGGCGUGCUGCUGGUUUUGUUGAUGUUGUGGUGGAGUUCAUUGUUUUUGGGCUGAGCUGGGAUCACGUUUAUCUGUCCGGUUUCCGCGGCGCUGGGGACUUAUACACGGGACCUCCAUGAGGGGCUGAUGGAAAAGGCUAAGGAGCUGGCUGACCUUUCUUCACACUGCGUGCGGAAAAGACGGGACUCCUUCGGAAUGUUUGACGGGUAUGAUAGCUGUAGUGAGGACACCAGCAGCAGCUCCAGCUCUGAUGAGAGUGAAGAGGAGGUGGCCCCAUUACAGUCCAGUCUCCCCAUUAUUAAGAACAAUGGGCAGGUGUACACGUAUCCGGACGGAAAAUCCGGCAUGGCUACAUGUGAAAUGUGCGGGAUGGUGGGCGUCAGAGAUGCUUUCUACUCCAAAACAAAGAGGUUCUGCAGUGUCUCUUGCUCGCGAAGUUAUUCUUCAAAUUCUAAGAAGGCGAGCAUCCUGGCACGACUACAGGGUAAACCUCCUGCUAAAAAAGCGAAGGUUCUCCAAAAACAGCCAUUAGUUGCAAAGUUGGCAGCUUACGCACAAUACCAAGCUACCUUGAAGAGUCAGUCGUUAAGUAAAACUGCCAUAACAGCAGAAGUUUUUACUUGGGGCAACUACAUCACUAGCAAUAACUUGGUGGCCGCUCCAGUGACGUGCUUUAAACACGCACCAAUAGGGACGUGCUGGGGGGACAUUUCAGAAGGUGUAAGAGUGGAAGUUCUCAACACAGACAACAACCUUUCCCAGAAAGUCUACUGGAUUGCUGUUGUUGUCAAAUUAGCAGGCUACAACGCUUUGCUGCGGUAUGAAGGCUUUGAAAACGAUGCCAGCCUGGACUUUUGGUGUUCAAUCUGCAGUAGCGACGUCCAUCCGGUGGGUUGGUGCGCCAGCAGUGGGAAGCCUCUUGUCCCUCCUCAAACCAUACAACAUAAAUACUCUAAUUGGAAAGCCUUUUUAAUCAAAAGACUUACCGGUGCCAAGACUCUCCCUCCAGAUUUUGCGCAAAAGGUUUCGGAUAGUAUGCAGUAUCCGUUCAAGCCUUUGAUGAGGGUGGAAGUAGUGGACAAAACGCACCUUUGCCGGACGCGGGUCGCCGUUGUAGAUACGGUCAUUGGAGGCCGACUACGAUUGGUGUAUGAAGAAAGCGAAGACAAGACGGACGACUUCUGGUGUCACAUGUACAGUCCCCUCAUCCAUCACAUUGGUUGGUCUCGGAGUAUAGGUCAUCGCUUUAAGAGAUCAGAUAUAUUAAAGAAACAGGAUUCUCACUAUGAUGCCCCCGCACAUUUAUUUACAAAGGUUAAAGACGUUGACCAGAACUUGGAAUGGUUCAAAGAAGGGAUGAGACUGGAAGCUAUUGAUCCGCUGAACCUUUCUGCAAUAUGCGUAGCGACUAUAAGAAAGGUUUUGGCUGAGGGUUUCCUAAUGAUUGGAAUUGAUGGCUCUGAAGCCGCCGAUGGCUCAGACUGGUUCUGUUACCACGCGUUAUCCCCCUCCAUAUUCCCUGUUGGUUUCUGUGAAAUUAACAAGAUUGAACUAACUCCCCCACGAGGCUACACAAAACUACCUUUCAAAUGGUUUGACUACCUCAGGGAAACUGGAUCUAUAGCGGCUCCUGUAAAGCUCUUUAACAAGGAGGUCCCCAAUCAUGGCUUCCGUGUUGGAAUGAAGCUUGAAGCCGUAGAUCUCAUGGAACCUCGAUUGGUUUGUGUCGCCACCGUCACGCGCAUUAUACACAGGCUGCUGAGGAUCCAUUUUGAUGGCUGGGAAGAUGAGUACGAUCAAUGGGUAGACUGUGAAUCCCCCGACCUCUAUCCCGUCGGCUGGUGUGAACUAACAGGCUACCAACUGCAACCCCCAGCACCACAAGCAACAAAAGACAACCAGACCACUGUUUCCAAGCAGAAGAAGAAGUCCAAGUCCCAACAGUAUAAAGGACACAAGAAAAUACCAACGCUGCAGCUAAAGGAGGAAUUUCUUGACGGCGAAGACUAUUCAUUUCUACAAGGAGCCUCAGAUCAGGAAAGUAAUGGAUCCGGCAGCUAUUACAUUAAACAGGAACCUUGAUGCAAACUGAAUAAUUCUUAAUAAUAAUUUAAGAAUGUUUUCAUAUAUAUAUAUAUAUAUAUAUAUAUAUAUAUAUAUAAAAAAAAACAACAACAAAAAAACUAUUUGGAAAUAAAACACAAAAGGACUCCUAUGCAGGGACACUGUAAAGUGACAAAGAAAAUAUUUUGGUGAAGAAGAAAAAAAAAAAAAAAAAACAGAUUUUACAGUUUAUUAAAUAACAUAAUUUUGUGUUGUAUUUGAAAGUUUUUGAAAAAAAAAGAAAUUUAAUAUUUUCAAAUUUUACAAAUAUUGUGCGUUGUGGGCACUGCGACAGAAUUGUAAAUUUUUUUUUUUUUUUUGGUACACCUUAGCAGGGCUAGAUAUAUUUGUUUAGGAUGGGUGAUAUUUUACAGAAAAAAAAAUAACAUAAAAAAACGACACUUGGUACACACUGGGUAGCUUUUAUUUCCGUGACCAGGAAAUGUAUUUUAGUUACUAUAUUUUUGUUGUUGUUGUUGUUAUUGUUGUCGGUAAAUGUCUCUUACAAUUUUAUUACAUCUUUUAAUGCUGUAAAAACUUUAGGGCUACAAACAGACACAAGUUUUGUUUGGUGUUUUAUAUUGUUUUAUAAUAUAUUCAAAGUUAAAGGGGUAUUCCAGGAAAAAAAACUUUAUAUAUAUCAACUGGU